UUUUUCCGACAUCUGACCGAACCAAGAGCACCUGUGCGUCACCUGCGGGUGAAUUCCUGCGAGACAAAAAACGGGACAGAGAGAAGCAGUGGGGAGAGGAGUCCGGAGUGGAGCGCGGCGCGUCUCCUUCUCUCCUCCCCCUUCCAGCCCUCCAUCUCUCCCUCUCUCUCUCCCCCGCUCCCUUUCUUAAAUUGACACCGGUCUGGCUCGAAAGAUGACAACAGAGAAGCCCCACCGUGUUGUCGGACGCCUCUCCGCCAGGAUCACUUGAGCGCCCGUGAACGUGCGUAAAAGGUGGGGAAUCGCGCAGUCGCCUGUCAGCGGGAACAUAAGGAGACCCCCACUCACUCGCUCGCUCAUUCACGCGCGCGUGGAUGUGCCGCCGCACACCGUUGACUAAGUGUCCGCUCGAACUACACUCAAAGUUAACAUGUAUAUACACGCUUUGAUCCGCGCCAGUCUUGGAUUUGUUGGCUUCUGCCUGGUCGCCAUUGUCCAACAGUCUGCUUCAGGAAGUAAAGCCACUCCAGAUGUGGAUGAGUGUGCGGAAGCGCUAGACAACUGCAGCAUCGACGCCAUCUGCCAGAACACCCUGAAGUCAUACAAAUGUAUCUGCAAGUCUGGUUAUAAAGGGGACGGCAAACAUUGUGAAGAUGUCGAUGAAUGUGCGACUGAAUACAAUGGUGGCUGCGUGCACGAGUGCAUCAACAUCCCAGGAAAUUACAGGUGCACUUGUUACGAUGGCUUCCGUUUGGCGCACGACGGACACAAUUGUCUCGAUGUAGACGAGUGUUCCGAAGGCAACGGAGGGUGCCAGCAGAUUUGUGUUAACAUGAUGGGCAGCUACGAAUGUCGUUGCCGGGAAGGAUUCCUCUUGAGUGACAACCAGCACACUUGCAUCCAGAGGCCCAAAAUGCGGAUGGAAGGCACGAAGGAGGGCCCCACUUGCAUGGACAAAAAUCACGGAUGUGCACACAUCUGCAGGGAGACGCAGAAAGGUGGCAUCUCUUGUGAAUGCCGACCUGGAUUCCAGCUCACCCGUAACAUGAAGGACUGCAAAUUGACUUGUAACUAUGGUAACGGGGGUUGCCAGCACAUCUGUGAAGAGACAGACCAUGGACCCAAGUGCGCUUGUCACAUGAAGUUUGUCCUGCACAGCGAUGGAAAGACUUGUGUAGGGGAGAGGAGUGUCCAGUCCCAGGCAGCCCCACAGCUCUUCCCCAAUGAAACUUGCGCCGUCAACAACGGUGGAUGCGACAGCACGUGUCACGAUUCGGUGACGGGCGUGCGCUGCAGCUGUCCGGUGGGCUUCACCCUGCAGCCUGAUCGGAAGACCUGCAAAGAUAUCGACGAAUGCCGUCUCAACAACGGGGGGUGUGAUCAUGUGUGUCGGAACACAGUGGGGAGCUUUGAGUGCAGCUGCAAGAAAGGAUACAAGCUGCUGACCAAUGAGCGGACAUGUCAAGACAUCGACGAGUGCUCUUUCGACCGCGCCUGCGACCAUUUCUGCGUCAACUCGGCCGGCAGUUUCCAGUGUCUCUGCAGCAAAGGCUACGUGCUCUACGGGCUGGCCCACUGUGGAGAUAUUGACGAGUGCAGCAUAAAUCGCGGCGGCUGUAAAUUCGGCUGCAUUAACACUCUGGGGAGUUACGAGUGCACUUGUCCGCCCGGAUUCAAGCUGCACUGGAACAGGAAGGACUGCGUUGAGCUCGUCAAGUGUCCCGCUGGGCUCGUCGCGCCCAAGGCGACGCUGACCUGCAGCAAAACCGGCAAGAAGGAGAGCUGCUCUCUCACGUGCGCGUCCAAGGCUCACUAUCUGGCAGAGUCUGACAACAGCUACUCGGUCAGCUGUGGCAUCCCCAUCCUCAGAGGGAAAUCCCCCGCCAGGCUCAACUCCAGCACCAGUCACAGCUGCAUCGAGACGCUGGCCCCUCCGGUGAAGCAGACGGCGUCCUUCAAGAUUAAAAACGCAAAGUGUCACCUGCACCCCAAACUGACCGGCAGGACGGAGGACCGAGGGCGGACACUCGGACCAGGUCAGUGCUCCAGGCCUGGGACUGAGUGUCAGUUGUCCGCCUCUGCUCUUGUCAUGAUUUGUUUCGCUGCUCCCUCUACAGGCGGGGGGCAGCCCUGCAGUAACUGCUUGGUGACCUUCGUCAAUCUCAAGUGCGACUCCUCCAGGAAAGGAAAGGGCCGCAGGGCUCGCAACCCCUCCAACAAGGAGAUCACGCGCAUCACCCUGGAGCUGGAGGCGGAGGUGAAAGCCGGAGACACGACAGGGAGCUGCAAUCUCAGCUGCCUGAGGCAGCGCAUGGAGAAGCAGGUGAAGACCUACAUCAAAGCGCUGAAGAAGUCCAUCAACCAGGAGCGCUUCCUGAUCCGGGUGGCAGGUUUGGAGUACGAAGUGGCCCAGAAACUUCCCCAGGUGGCUCCCGUACAUGAGAACUGUGGGCCAGGCUGGGAGAAAGACAGCGGACGCUGUGUCAGAUGCUUGUCGGGGUCUUACUACCACGGUGAGCAGGAGCGCUGUGUCCAGUGUCCCCCCGGGACCUUCCAGGAGAGGGAGGGGCAGCUGGCCUGCGACCUCUGUCCCGGCAGCGACGGACACGGACCUAUGGGAGCACGGAACAUCUCCUCCUGCGCAGGUCAGUGUCCCAAUGGCUACUUCUCCGGUGACGGCUUCAAGCCAUGUCAGCCGUGUCCUCCGGGGACCUACCAGCCCGACCUGGGCCGGACGCUGUGUUUCCCCUGUGGGGGGGGGCUGAGCACCAAGCGAGAAGGGGCCAGCUCUUUCCACGACUGCGAGGUCAAAGUCCAGUGUUCUCCGGGUCACUAUUACAACACCACCGUGCACCGAUGUAUCCGCUGCCCAGUGGGGACCUAUCAGACGGAGUUCCGACAGAACUACUGCAUCUCCUGUCCAGGAAACACCACCACGGACUUCGACGGAGCCACCAGCGUUUCGCAGUGCAAGAACAGGCAGUGUGGCGGAGAGAUGGGCGAGUUCAUGGGCUACAUUGAGUCACCCAACUACCCGGGGAAUUACCCGGCCAACGUGGAGUGCAUCUGGAACAUCAACCCGCCCAGCAAGCGCAAGAUCCUCAUCGUGGUGCCGGAGAUUUUCCUCCCCUCCGAGGACGAGUGCGGGGACGUGCUGGUGAUGAGGAAGAACUGGUCUGCCACUUCCAUCACCACUUACGAGACCUGCCAGACGUACGAGCGGCCCAUCGCCUUCACCGCUCGCUCCCGCCGCCUGUGGAUUAACUUCAAGUCCAACGAGGCCAACAGUGCCAGAGGCUUCCAGAUCCCUUACGUCACGUAUGACGAGGACUACGAGCAGCUGGUGGAGGACAUCGUUCGAGACGGACGACUCUACGCCUCAGAGAAUCAUCAAGAAAUCCUCAAGGACAAGAAACUGAUCAAGACUCUCUUCGACGUUCUGGCUCACCCCAACAACUACUUCAAGUACACCACUCGGGAGUCCAACGAGAUGCUGCCGCGCUCCUUCAUCCGACUCAUAAGCAGCAAAGUCUCAGCGUUCCUGCGGCCUUACAAGUAAAGGUCACUCCCCCCCCACACAGGCUUUGGACCGUGACCUCCCCCCAACCCUUGACCACCCCCUCCACUUGACCAGCCGCACCCCCAGACUGUCACAGGACCGAGCAACACAAGUGUACAACCACCCGCUUCUAUUUCCCAUCGGCUUGGACGACAAACACGAAGCACGCCGGCGAAACCCUGCGCAUCGGUGUGCUGUCAUUGUCACGUCAUUACAGGACUGUAGUGGGGAGCUUGGUUUCCACGGUGCUGUGCAAUGGAACCAUGGACAGUAGGAACUGAGACUGUAGGAGUGAUGUUUGUGUUUAUGAGCCCGGUGGAGCCGACGUGACGUCCGACUGCGACGUCUGUCAUUAAGUCUGAGUGGAGUGUUGUGUUGCGUAACUGUGUUUCCACCUCGUGUGUCCGCGUGCUGUCCUCUGGGAGGAGCAGUUCCCGACAGCUUCUCCAAGCCUUCACUUUAUUGAGCUCUUAGAGCCGCCUCCCAGUGUUUUGCUGUUAAAACAGUUCAUCUGCGUUUUGUUCCGUUUCUGGUGCUCUUCUUCUUUGACGAUAAAGUGGUCCGCUGGUAAAGGGACGAAGCAUCCAAACAACAUUUUAGAGAGGCACAGCUGUCGAUUGGCUCUGAGAGAGGAACAUGGAGAGAUGUAUGCGACGGACGUUUUUGUUUGCUGCUUCAUGUGAAAGGUCACUUUAUUUCUCCGAUCACACGUUUGUGGGCGGUCCUCUCUCCCCACAGGUCGCCGCCGUCACCCUUUUAUUUCAAUCUUGUAAAUAGUUAAUAUAAGUUAGACGAGGGUUGAGCUCUUCAACCCUGAUUUUUCUUUUUUUUUUUGCGCAGGAAAAACUUCUGACCCCCUGAACAUCUUAAUUCCAAAGACGCCCCACCACAGUCAACAGUUAGGUCAGUCCCAUGCGUGACAACAGCUGGUCCAAAGAUCUCAGUCAGGCUCUAGAUUCAUGUUGUUCAGAACCAGAUGUGCCCAUGUCUUCACUGCAGGUAGAUGGUGAGAUUCUACUGUCCAGAAUUAAAAUGUCCAGGGUAUCAGAAAUUUGAAUACUUCAAACUAUAUGAUAUGUUGAGCUUCUGAAGGGUGAGCUGGUUUCUCUGCUCUCUUCUUGCUUGAGGCUCCUCGGCAUGACAGCGGCAUGGCUUGGAGGCAUCUGCCCGCGGCACAGCUCAGGUGCGACGAAGCCCGGGUUGCUCUGACGGCAGCCUUCAGGUCAGGAGCGGCAGUGGCGCUGUUGUCUCUGCUCCAGCCUCCUGUACCUGCAGCAGUGUGGCAGGCCGAACGUCUUGCUGGAAAGUGAAGCUGGUCAAGAGAAGGAAGCAGGAAGUGCUCUACAAUGCUUGAGCAUCCUUCAGGUGAAAACAUGAUGUACCAGAAUAAAUAUUGAACUGCACAUUUGGUCCUCAACACUAAAUCCUUAUCACUGAAGAAAGAUGGAUUUUGAUGUGGUUUGAAAGUUUUUGAUUCCAGUCACACACAGGUCCUCAACGUCAACGUCGCUAGUCAAGGUCAAAAUACCGUUGAAAGUAUUUCUUGUCACUCAUUGUUCAGAAAACGCAGUGAUGAUUCUGGCCUUCGCUGUGAAACUUGACACUCUACUUCAUUCAAGUGAGGAGGAAAUGGAGGCACAGAAUCCGCGUUGUUUGUCGUCCAGUGUGAAGUGGCACAGUCCGAUGGCUGCCCUCUUAUGUCUAUUUAUAUUAUUACCACGAGGACCCCGCAAGGCCUCGGGCAUCAUUCCUGCAAACCUUUGUUGAAACCGUUGCCUUUUUUUUUUUUUUUAAAGACUUUUCUAUGAUGUAUCAUAGAGUUGAUGAUAUUUGCACUUGAAUUGUUAAUGCUCAUGUACAUGUCUGGAUUUUGUAUUGUCUUUUUAAAUGAAUGGAUUUGGUGUUUUGUUGUUUUUCUUGUAGCGUGUUCGUCCUGAGAGGCUCACAGUUUAGUCGGUAGCGGGGAAAAAUAAAGUAAACACACACACGAUGACGUGGAGAGUGACGACAUGUGCAGAGGUGAAUGAGUCUGUGCUUGUUCUAGCCCACUUAUGGAAUAAAAUACUGUCCUGCAGCGCCAUCAUAUGUACAUGUCUGUCCAUAACGAUGCUUGGAUAUUAAAGAACAUGA